AUGCGGAUCUCACCGAGCCGGGGAGCAGCUCCGCUUCUCCUCCUGGUGAUCCUCGGCCCUGCAGCACGCGCGGCACCCUUGGUCGACCACUUCUCCGCGGCAGACGGCGAUGCAUUUGUAGAGGCGGCCGUGCGGGCCCUAGGCGACGCGGAUUCCUCUCUGGAGGACAGGGACUACGCCGUCAGGCUCCUGGCAGCGCUGGACAAGCCGUCCGUGGCGUCCGGGUACAGGUCGUCGGCGUGCUCGGUGGCCGCGGCCGGGCUCAGCAACGGCGAUCUUGAGCAGAUCCACCACGGGAUUAGCCUCGCGGACGGGGUGGGCGGCUGCGCCAACGCCAAGACCUGGAGAGCGAGCGAGGAAGUGGCGGAUGCGAUGAAGAGUUCCGAUCUGCGGAGCCUCUACCACGCCACCUUCGCGGCCCCGCUGCUGGGGGCGGACGUGACCCAGGGGGACACGGUGCUCGAGAAGGUCUUGGACUUGGUCGGGUCGGACGGUUCCGUCAGGAGCUACCCUAGCGGGCCUGUCGAGGCCGGGAACACCUUCAUGGCGGCCGAGCUGUUGGCCGUGCUGGUACCUUCCGCUAAGGGGGAUGCCAAGGCGAUAGCCCUCCGCGAGGUGGAGGUGAUGAAGGACAAGGUGCUCGGGGCGGAGCCGGCGCUGGUGGUGCAGCUGAGCCGCGCGGCCGGUGACAAGAAGCUGGCCAUCAAGGCGUCUAAGCUCAAGUCCAUGGCGAGGGAUCUGCUGGAGGCGAGCCGCACGAGCCUCCCCAAGAGCAUGCUCGGCGUGUACGAGGCGCUCAAGCUCAUCGAGUCGUACCCGAAGGCGCCUCUCCCGAUCAAGCUCCGGCCGUCCUCGCCGUCCGUGGAGGAGCUGUCUUCCGGAGGAGUUUCUCUGCUGGCGACAUCCCUGCUUGGUUCUCCCGCCAAGAUCAAGUCGGCGUCGCUCUCCUCCCUCUCGCGCGCUGACGGUUCCGACGCUUCGGGCGACGGCGACGGCGGCCUGGGAGAGCCCGGCGCCGACGGCUUCCGCGCGCUCCCCAGCGUCGACGUGGCCCCCGGCCUCUACACGGCCGAGUUCGCGGUGGAGGUUGAAGGCGGGGAGAAGCCGCUGGUGGCCAAGCUCCCGCUCGCGGUCAGCUCGGGCGCGGACCUUGCGCGGGCCCGCGUGUCGGUCAGCGACAGCCACGAGAGGCCGCUCUCGGCCGACGCGAGCAUCGAGAGCUACCCGCUCGCGCGGCCGGGGAAGGACUUGCUGCCGGAGGACGCUCACGCGAGCGCGGGGGAGGGGCACCACCUGCACGUCGAGCUGUCUCUGGAGGGGGCCGCCGCGCCCGGGGCGGGGGGGGGGGGUUCGGCCGCCGCCGCGCCCCACCAGGUGUUCGUGUGUUUCACCCACGUGGAGACGGGGAUGGACACGUUCUUCGUGGCGGCGCCCCUCGGCGGCGAGGCGAGCGAGUUCGCGGUGUCGGUGUCCCUGGGGGAGGAGUCCCAGACGUUUGCUCAGAGGUCCGGGGAGUACGCGGUGACCGCUCUGGUCGGCGGGCCGCUGGUUGCGCCGCCGAUCUCGGAGAGGCUCGGGUCCAUCCGCCUCGGGUUCUCGGAGGCGAAGGAGCGCAAGUGGCCCAUCUACGCGCGGCCGCUGCUGCACGAGACGGACGUGUCGCUAGGCCCGCUCCCUGAGAAGCACCACACGUUCCGAGAGCCCGAGGUCAGGCCGCACGCCGGGGUGUCCCUCCUGUUCACCGCCCUGGUGCUCGCGCCGCUGGCCGGGCUGGCGUACGGCAUGCGGCGCGGCGGGGCGGACCUGCGGCGGCUGCCGGCGGCGGGGGCCGGGAGGGCGUGGUGCGCGGCGUACCAGGCGUGCAUGGUGGGCGUGGUGCUGCUGUUCGUGACCUACUGGGCGACGCUGACGAUGGCGUACACGCUGCGGGUCCUGGCUGUGCUGUCGGUCGUGACCACCGUGACGGGCAGGAAGGCGCUCCAGUCGCUGGCGGUGGCGGACGAGGGCGCACGGCGCGCGGCGGAUAGCGGUAACCACAUCAAGGGGGAUUGA